GACUACCGCAACAGGUAAAAUAUCGAACACCGCAUAACAAUGAUAACGUUCUCUCUAUAAACAGUUUUAACGAUUCAAAUUUUGCUCUAAAUUCGACGCCAUAAUGAAAUAUAUUGUUUCGAUAUAUAUCAUUCAUUGUGUAGUGUUGCUAGCAUCAUGUAAAAGGCCACAUAUACCCGUAAUGUGUCAGAAGAUAUCGCCAUGUGUCUGUAAAGAUGAAACUGGUAAAUACGUCGACCUCCGGCCACUCGCUAGGAAAGAUGGAACGCCAAAAUUUCUGGAUCACCCGACGGCUGGGGGCGAUAGCAAUCUCUACUCAUUCAACCCUUGUUAUGGCUUCAACGAAGGCAAGAAGAACAGCUCGUGUCAGAACGUAUCGGUGUGCCAAGCUGACAAAGACAGAACACAAUUUAUAGGAAUAGGUGUUCAAGACACCGCCCAAUUCAGCCACGGAGACAAUGGAAAUCUCUCAUUGGUUUUUGGAUCAUCUCUAAACAAAUACAAAAUUACGACAUCUGUAAUUCUUUACUGUGCAGAAGAUGUAGAGGACGGUUAUUUCAGGGUAAUAGGAGACAUUGGAAAUCAUAAUUACUGGCUCCAACUGAGGAGCAAGCAUUGCUGUCCUAAGGAUGAACACGAAAUUGAGGAUUUAGACGAGCUUUUAGGAGUCAGUCAUUCAGGGACGGAGAUCACUGUGCCUCCGACGUCAUCAAAUCAUGCUGUUACGAUGACCACCGCACCGGACACACCAGACUCCAUCGACGUCAUCGUUGUCAUCCUUUUCUGCAUAUUAAUAGUCGCUAUCCUGAUACUGGCGGCCCUGGCUGCAGCUGUAAUGUACUACCGGGCCAGACACCCAAUGUUCGGUAGAAACGUAUAUUAUCAACCCGUGACUAACGAUGACGAGGACAAUGUUGUCCACUUCGACAAACAAUGUACUGGAGAAGAGAAAGGAGACGUGUUUGGGAAUGACGUAUACAGACUGAUGUCGCCAUAGAUGACAAUCGGCAAAAUAUGUGUAUUCGAUGAUUCGUCUAUUUUGUGAAGAUUGCACUGAACUUUCAUCUUAAAUAUUUUCAUAUACAUUUAUGCACCUUUAAUAAUUUAUUGUGCAUCAUAUAUCAUAUUUAUGUUCCAUCGUUGUUCACACAAUAUCAAUAAACAAGAUAUUAUAACCCAUCUGGUAAAAUUUACAUUUGCCUGGCAUUGUCACUAUAUAGUCUGUUUGAGAGCUCUGGCAUUGAUGUACGUUUAAAUGCCAUCCAUCCCGCGCUACACUUAUCAGCGUAUUAAUACAACACAAACCGGAACUACAAUAUCCAGGAUAAUUAAGUUUAACGACUAAUUAUUUUGUCUACAUUAUUUGUUAUAAAAAAUAUGCCAUUUGCGCAUUUCGUUGAUAAUAAAAUGAUUA